AUGCCAAGAUCGCCCCUGUCCGUCUUGCCUGUUUGUAUGUGGUCGGCUGGAACCCGAAUUAACCUUGAACAGGACCCAGAUAUAUACUACUCCUGCGACGCCGACGCCUAUACCCCAGAUGAUUGGCAAUCUGAAACAACGACCAUUCGCUCCUCAAUAUACCAAGGUUUUGUAGAGAAUGGGAGAAGAUAUCAAACAUUGAAGGGCGAGUCAUUGUACGUCCUGAAAUCACCCGCCAAGAACUUAAGAAGCUGUGUUGCAACUCGGGAGCUACGAAGUGACCAUCCAUGGAUCGCUAACUCGAAAACCAGCGUACCAUCAGAUGAGCAGCAAUUUGAAACCUAUGAAGCUGGACAUAUCACGGCAUUUGUCAUGGAAAGCCAUCGAGAAAACCCCCUAUUUCGAUCACCGGUCGAGGAAAAUCUGCAGGUAAGGGGGUUGCCAUCGUGUCAAUCGAGAAGCUAA